AUUAAUACUGUUAAUCAUAAAAUUAUUGGUACUUAUUAUAUUAUUCUUGGAUAUUGAGCUAGAUUUGGUGGUUCUUUAUUGUCUAUGGUUAUGCGUUUUGAAUUAUCUAGGCCGGGUGGUUAUUUAUUUUUUGGAAACGGCCAAGUUUAUAAUACGGUUUUGACUAUGCAUGGUGUUUUAAUGAUUUUUUUUGUUGUUAUACCUAUUUUAAUCGGAGGAUUUGGUAAUUGAAUGCUUCCUGUAAUAUUGGGGGCUCCUGAAAUGGCUUUUCCUCGGAUUAAUGCUUUGUCUUUUUGAGUAACUUUUGUGGCUUUGUUUAUAGUUUACCAAUCGUUUUUUGUUGGCGGGGGUGCAGGAAGUAGUUGAACUUUUUAUCCUCCUCUUAGUGUUGAGGGUCAGCCUGAGCUAUCUUUAGAUGUUAUAGUUUUGGGUUUACAUACUUCUGGGAUUGGUUCUUUAUUAGGGGCUAUUAAUUUUAUGGUUACUGUUCAAAAUAUGCGGUCUGUUGCUGUUACUUUAGAUCAAGUUAGGAUAUUUGUUUGGACUUCUUAUUUAACUUCUUUUUUGUUAGUUUUGUCUGUGCCGGUUUUAGCGGGUUCUCUUUUAUUUUUAUUAUUUGAUCGUAAUUUUAAUACUUCUUUUUAUGAUACUAGAAAGGGCGGUAAUCCAUUGCUUUAUCAACAUUUGUUUUGAUUUUUUGGUCAUCCGGAAGUGUAUGUUAUUAUUUUGCCUGUAUUUGGUAUUAUUAGGGAGGCGGUAUUGUUUUUAACUGACAAAGAUCGUUUGUUUGGUCAAACUAGUAUGACUUUUGCUUCUAUUUGAAUUGCUGUUUUAGGUACUUCUGUUUGAGGUCAUCAUAUAUAUACUGCGGGGUUAGAUAUUGACACUCGUACUUAUUUUAGUGCUGCUACUAUGAUUAUUGCUAUUCCAAGAGCUGUCAAAAUUUUUAAUUGACUUGGAACUUUUUUUGGUUCUAAUCAAAGGUUUCAGCCUCUAUGAUGUUGAACUUAUAGCUUUAUUUUUCUUUUUACGGUUGGGGGGCUGAGUGGUAUUAUUUUAAGUGCUGCUAGUUUAGAUAUUAUUUUACAUGAUACUUAUUAGGUUGUUGCACAUUUUCAUUAUACUUUAAGUUUGGGUGCUGUUUACGGCAUUUUUUGUGGAUUUUGUCUUUGGUUACCGUAUGUUUAUGGUGUUUCUUUUGACAGUGUUAUAAUGAUAACUGUUUUUAUUUGUUUUUUUGUUGGGACUAAUAUAACUUUUUUUCCUAUACAUUUUGCUGGAAUACAGGGGAUACCUCGUAAAAUUUUGGAUUAUCCUGAUUGUUAUGUUAUAUUUCAAACUGUCUCUUCUUUGGGUUCUGUAAUUACUUUUAUUGGAUUUAUUUUAUUUAAUUACUUAUUAAUAGAUUCUAUUUUUUUUUCUCGUUCUUUAGGAAUUUCUUUUUAUAAUUUUCAUAGUCCCGCGUAUGCUUUAAAUAUCCCACUUUUACCUGACUGUUUUGUGGAAGAGUCUAUAAAUGUUGGGUUAUCGUGAAAGAUGAUAGAUGAUAGUUUUUUCAACUAUCGUCGUAUUGGUUAUGGCUAUUAUAGAAAG